GGAGCUUUCUGCCCGUGUUAUGGCGGCUGUAGCAGCACCCUUUUGAAUCAUUGCGGCCUUGCACCUGAAGACCCAAACACACGUGCAUUUCCCCCCCUUUCUCCUCUAACCCGGCUCCCUCUUAAAAUCUCCAAACAUGCCGACCAAAAAACGCUCCCGCGGGCCAGUAUCGAAGAUCUCCGCGGCCGCGGCAGCAUCUUCGGGGACCCAGAUCACUGUGAACAAAUCAUCUGUUAUUCGCUCCUCGUUUUCUCCCUCAGAGUACCAAUUGGCCCUUUUCGCCUCUGUCAUCCAGGGUUUGGACGCUCAGCAUCUGCGGGUUCACGACGUUAAUUCCGGCCGGUUACGCUGUGAACAUGCUGUGAAUCCGAAGGAGGUUAUCACCUCUUUGGACUGGGGCUACCAUGGCGAUGCGGACAGAGAUCAGCAUCUGAAGAAGAAGCGCAAACGGAGCUCGGGGGUCAAUGCUGUCAUCGAUGCCUCUGAGCCCGGCGAUGCCGUCGUCGCAUUUGGCACGAAUACGUCCGAGAUUCGAAUGUAUUCUCCUGCAGAGGGUAAAAUCGUGGCUACGCUUACCGGUGGACAUGAAAGGGGAAUCCGAGACUUCCGGUUCACCGUCCAGAAGCCUGGUCUGGAAGGUUGGAGCAUCGGAGGCGAUGCGAAGCUUGUACAGUGGAAUCUACAGACUGGAAAUGCUAUAAGAGUGAUUUCCUUACCUUCGUCGUCCGUCGGAACUUUGGCACCACCGGUUCCUACCAAUCCUCCCGUCCUCUGUGCUUCACAAACACCAUACCUAAUAGAUCUCGAGAAGGAGGGCCAAGAUUCUGGACCAUCAUUUAGCGCUAUGCGAAAUACCGUGCACACACUAAUAUCAUCAUCGACUAAUUUGGAGUCCCUAUCCGAACAAUUCCUCGCUAUCGACUCUGACCGCUACAUGAACCUAUUCGACAUUCAAAAGAGAAAGUUGCUCGGCUCUCUGGUGACCAAGAAGGAGGUUGAAUCCGUAGCAUUUUAUCCGGCAAGCUCAGAUUCCCGAAGCAAGAAACAUGAUGAGGGUUCACGAUCCGCCAUUUUUCAGAGGCAGUUGCUUGCGGCCGUGACCCGGGAUGGGGCGAUUGAAUUGUUUUCAAACCCCUUCCAUCAAGAGGACGCACAAUCCGUCAACGCAACCGCCAGUCUGAAGUCUCGUUUAAAGGCUAUGACACGGCGAUCAGAUGCUACCGUCAAGAUCGUUAGACCGGACGCUUCGAAAACGGUUGUUCCCGUCGUCGCUGUUUCCUUCGACGGAUCUGACCUUGUUGUCGCAUGGGCCGAAGCAGGUGCAAAUGUUGUAUUUGAUAGGAUACGUUGGCGGGACGAGGAGACGAAAGAGUUGAUACUCCAGGGUGAAAGUGAAAUCGCGCGUGGCAAGUCCGCGUCGAUGGUUGGCUCAGCUAUGAUGAAUGGCGUGAAGAACAUGGGUAAAAGCCAUGUAGAUGAAUCACAUACUGUCGUCGAACAAGGUGGCGUCGCAGAGGGUAUUAUGCGGGAUGGUGUGGAAGAAGAUGCUUCAGGAUUAAGCAAUGACGAAGAAGAAGCUUCAGACGUAGAGCAAGAAAAGGCAAACGAGAUCCCAUCUUCGCAUAGCCUAGCAAAAGCAGAGGACAAUGACGUUGAUAUGGCUGACGUUGACGCUGAAGAAGAGGAAGAGGAAGAGGAAGAGGAAGAGGAAGAGGGAGGACCAUCGUUUGGCGAGCUCCUACGCGCCAAUUCCGCCAAACAUAUCGACGUGGCCGCAGAACUCGACGAGGCCGAAGUAGGAGCGCUAGUCAGUACCAGACAACCCAAGUCUCUCCAACAAUUGCCCUCAGGCCUCUCCGUCGCUACUGUUCUCUCUCAAUCUCUUAAAACAAACGAUCACAACCUCCUCGAAUCCUGCUUUCACACGACAGAUGUGAACAUCGUCCGCGCCACCAUCCAACGCCUCGAUUCCUCCCUCGCCGCAACGCUCCUCCAGAAACUUGCUGAACGUCUUGCUUCGAGGCCGGGACGCUAUGGACACCUACUUGUCUGGGUACAAUGGACAUGCGUCGCACAUGGUGGUUCGAUAGCAGGAAAGCCAGAGAUCCUCAAACAAAUGACCUCUCUGUUCAAAGUCAUGGACCAGCGAUCGUCGAGCCUUUCGUCCUUGCUUCUUCUCAAGGGGAAACUAGACAUGCUUGACGCCCAGUUAGGAUUGAGACGCAGUCUGAACCAGAAUCGGGAGGGACGCUUUGAGAGUGAUGAGGACGACGUGAUUUACGUUGAAGGACAGGAGGAUGAGGUGGAGACUGAAGAUGAUGAACGUCUUGCCAUCGAGGAUGCGGGUGCGCGACAAACCUGCGAUGUUGAUAUGAGGGAUAUUACCGGCGAUGAGGAAGAUGGCGAAGAUAUGCCCAUGGUGGUUAAUGGUGCGGUAUCGGAAUCCGGGGAGGAUGAAGGAGACGAGGAGGACGAUGAGCUCUUUGACGAUGAGGCUGUGGAGUCUGAGGAUGGAGAAGGCGCCAGCGAAGAGGAAGAUGAUGAAGACGAGGAUGAGGAGGAGGACGAAGAUCUGGGUAGCAUGGCUGAUUUCAUUGCCGAUUCUGAUGAGGAGUCAGAGAUAUUGGUCGACCCCCCGGCUUCUACAAAAAAAUCUAAAAUAAAAAAAGGGUAAAACCAGAGGAUAAAGAGGAAAGAUGAUAGACAGAUUGUUGAUUGGUUUCUGUAUUCUUUUUUUUCCCCCUAUGCCGAACUGUCCCCUUUCCACCUCUGGGAAGUUAUUCCAAUUUUGUCUGUGUUUCAGUACGCAAUUUUCCUUUUUCAAUUGGGCAAAAAAUAACAUCUUUGGCAUUCAGCAUCUUUUAUUGACUAUCAACUCUCUAGUCGUGAGUGAAGUCUCAAAGAGUUAAAUAGCAUCUUGUGUUUUGAAUACUUGGAUGUACUCUACUGUAUCUACCAACUUCUCUAUGGCUUUUGCAAUAUACACAUGGCGGAGAUACACCGGAUGAAUUUACACUUCAACUUCCAAAUCUCUGGGCGGUUAAUAGCAGGGCACUCUAUAAGGCAUUAUGGGUUGAAGUGGUGUUGUUCGAGUGUCCAUUACUGCACAAGUUACAGCAAGCCGACCGGGUAACCGGCUAACUAAAAUAGAUUGUAUAGAA